AUGAGCAGUUAAUUAUCAAAUAAUAAACAUACCCCUGAAUUACUCGAAUAUCUAUAAGGUUAAAACUGCUUCACCAAACACAUAGAAAGUAGUAAUAAUUCUGUUGUUUCUGCUAUUAUUAAAGUUCCUUUAAAGAAGAGAAGAAAUAUGAAUUCUUGCAGUGUUUCUAAUAAGAUUGUAGUGAAAGAGAUUAAACACAAAGUUGAAGGAUAGCAUUGUGAAUAGUGUUAUGAUUUAAAAAAUGAAGUAGAAAAAUUAAAAGAAAUGAAGCAUCCUCAUAUUAUUGCACUUUAAGAAAAUAAAAUAUAUGAAUUUAGAAUGAGUUGUGCCAUAUUUUUACCUAAAGCUUUAGAAGAUCUUUUUGAUUAUAUGAUUAAAUAUAAUGUAGAAGAUAACUUAAAAUCCUUGAAAAUAUGCUUUUAUUAAAUUGGCUAAGCUAUAAAAUAUUUACAUCAAGUAAAAAAUAUGGUUCAUGGAGAUGUAAAGCCUGAAAAUAUUUUUGUUUUUUCAGAAGAAGAAUUUAAGUUAGCUGACUUUGGUUUCUGUAAAAAAUAUCAAAAAUUUGCAAGUAGAGAAGAAUUUAUUCGCUAAUAUACAUCUAGAUCACUUAAAUAUCAUCCCCCAGAAUUUGUAGAUUGCUUAGAGUAACCAAAUUUUAAUUUAAAUUUAAUUGAUGAGUAUUCUUCCGAUGUUUUUGGUCUUGGUGUUGCACUUUUUCAACUUGUUUUUAAGUAAUGUCCAUACUACGAAGAAGCUGAGUUUCAGUAUAGCACUUCAACAGAAAAGAAGUAGCCUGUCCAACAGAUUUAAUAGUCAAAUAAAGAUUUAAUUGAUAUUUCACAAGUAAAUAUUACUGGUAUGAUAUCAAAAAGUCUAAAGCAAAUUAAUAUUCACAGAAAGCUACAAUUAUCCCCAGAGUCUACAAACAAUACAAAUAAAACACCUGUAAAUUCUCCAUCUAAUUCUACAUCACCACCGUAGAUGUCUGCUGUUAAAAAGAAAAAAUAAAACAAACGAAAAUAUUAUCAUAGGCAAGAUAAAUUGUAUGGAAUCUUGUAUUAACCAAACAAUAUAGAAGAAUUUUGGAAUCAUUUUAAAGAUGAAAUUUAAGAUAUGAUAAAAAACACUGAUUUAAGUUAAGAAGAUAUAGAUAUUCUUAAAGAUCUUAUCCUAAAGUGUAUAACUCCCUUUCAUUAUUUAAGAGUGGGAAUAGAUGAUUUUUUGGCACAUCCUUUUUUUUCAGACAUUUCUGAUAAUUUUCAAAGUGAUGAUGAAAGUGUUUACUCUUUUUGA